CCCAACUUCUCGCCCGCCCGUACAGUGCAGUGCUGCUUUAUGACCCAGAACAGGAGUACCAUUGGCGAAACGAUACACACAUUCCGAGACUUCCUGUCUCAUAUCUUAUGGAGAGAGGAGCAUCGAUUUCCCAACAGAAACUUUAUCACUUCUAGUAUGGGGGAAAAACAUUUUCUAGCAGAAGAAUGAAGAUUUUUACGCGAACAGUGGGAACGCGACUUGGAAUGAGAAUCGUCCUUGUUUUCUUGCUAGCCCGGGGCUGUUGCGGUUUGCCGGAUAAGAAAGUGUGCCAGGGCACAAACAACGUGCUGUCACACCUGUCCCCCCCCGAUGCCCACUACCAAAGCAUGGUAAGGAUGUACAGUAACUGCACAGUGGUGCUGGAAAACCUUGAGAUCACCUUCACCAAGGAGCACCAAGACCUGUCCUUCCUCAGGACGAUCCAAGAAGUAGAUGGUUACGUGCUUAUUGCCUUCAAUGAGGUGGCCACCAUCCCCCUGGAGAACUUGCGCAUCAUCCGAGGAUACACCCUUUACGACAACAAGUACGCGCUGACAAUCAUGGCCAACUAUGAAAGCAACCAGACUUACAAGAACACCACCAAGGGUGUAAGCCAGGUGUCACUCAGGAGCCUCACGGAAAUUCUCAAAGGAGGUGUGAUGGUCACCACUAACCAUGCCCUGUGUAAUGUAGAAACAAUACUUUGGUCUGACAUUGUGGAAAAGCAAUGGAACAACAAUCUGACCAUGAAGAUUUAUCAUGAAAGCCUUGGCCAGCAUUGUAGGAAAUGUGAUCCUGGAUGCUACAAUGGUUCCUGCUGGGCACCAGGCCCAGAGAACUGCCAAAUCUUGACCAGACUGACCUGUGCUGAGCAGUGUCCCGGGAGGUGCAAGGGAACCAGGCCUAUAGACUGCUGCAAUGAGCACUGUGCUGCAGGCUGCACUGGAACUCGAGCCACUGACUGCUUGGCCUGCCGGGAUUUCCAGGAUGACGGAACGUGUAAGGACGCCUGCCCACGCCUCAUGCUGUACGACCCCAAAACACACCAGCUGGCCAUCAACCCAGACGUGAAGUACAGCUUCGGUGCCACAUGCGUUAAGAAGUGCCCAUAUAACUAUGUGGUGACGGACCACGGUGCGUGCGUUCGAUCUUGCAGCCCCGGCACUUACGAGGUGGAUGAGAACGGCACCAGGAAGUGCAAGAAAUGCGAGGGUCUCUGUCCUAAAGUUUGUAAUGGGCUUGGACUGGGGCAACUUGCAGGUGUCUUGUCAAUCAAUGCUUCCAACAUCGACUCCUUCAUAAACUGCACAAAAAUAAACGGUGAUGUUUCUAUCAUGUUGACCACUUUUAGAGGUGAUUUAUUCACAAAAACCCCCAGUCUGGAUCCUGCAAAACUGGACAUAUUAAAGACAGUGAAAGAAAUUACCGGUUCUCUGCUGAUUCAGGCCUGGCCCUCAAACCUAACCUCUCUCAGCCCCUUCGAAAAUUUGGAAAUAAUCCGCGGAAGGUCUAAACAUCAAGGCACAACCAGCCUGGCUGCGCUGAUGCUUCCAAUCAGCCACCUGGGUUUGCGCUCUCUCCAGGAAAUCAGUGAUGGUGAUGUGGUCAUUAAGAACAACCUCAACCUUUGCUACACAAAUGCGCAGCACUGGAAGAGACUGUUCAAAUCUGACACGCAGCAGUCCAGGGUUAAUGGUAAUGCAGACCCCACCACAUGCGCUCAGCAGAAUAAGACGUGUCAUGAGAUGUGCACAGAGGAAGGCUGCUGGGGGCCUGGCCCCACCAUGUGCUUUACCUGCCGCCAUUUUGUUCGCAGGGGCCACUGCGUGGAAACCUGCAACCUCUUUGAUGGAGAGCCACGGGAGCAUCUGAUGAACAAAACGUGUCUGGAAUGUGAUCGGGAGUGCAAGCCUCAGAAUGGAACCAAGACCUGUACAGGGCCAGGUCCUGAUGAAUGCACAGUGUGUGCCCAUGUCAAAGAUGGCCCCCAUUGUGUCCACAAGUGCCCCCACGGCGUUCCGGGAGAAAAUGACAUCCUGAUCUGGAAGUAUGCUGACAAGAACAAGGAAUGUCAGCAAUGCCAUGAAAACUGCACACAAGGAUGUAAUGGUCCUGGUUUGGGAGGUUGCCAUGCUACAGGCUCUCGCCUGCCCAUAAUCGCAGCCGGUGUUUUCGGCGGGCUGCUGGCCUUCCUCAUCGUCGCGUUGACCGUCUUCGUGCUUCUGCGGAGACGUCGCAUCAAGAGGAAGAGAACACUGCGCAGACUGCUGCAGGAGAGAGAGCUGGUUGAACCCCUGACUCCCAGUGGAGAGGCUCCCAACCAAGCUCUGCUCCGAAUCCUGAAGGAAUCUGAAUUCAAGACACUCAAGGCUCUGGGCUCUGGAGCCUUUGGAACUGUGUACAAGGGCCUGUGGGUUCCGGAAGGAGAGGAUGUGAAGAUCCCUGUUGCAAUUAAGGUCUUAAGAGAGGCCACAUCUCCUAAAGCCAACAAGGAGAUUCUGGAUGAGGCCUACGUGAUGGCCAGUGUGGACAGUCCCCAUGUGUGUCGUCUCUUGGGGAUCUGCCUGACCUCCAGUGUCCAGCUCAUCACCCAGCUUAUGCCGUAUGGCUGCCUUUUGGACUAUGUCAAGGAGAACAAGGAUAAUAUCGGCUCACAGUACCUGCUCAACUGGUGUCUGCAGAUUGCCAAGGGUAUGAGCUACCUGGAAGAGCGUCACUUGGUUCACCGAGACCUGGCAGCCAGGAAUGUGCUUGUUAAAACGCCACAGCAUGUGAAGAUUACCGACUUUGGCCUGACCAAGCUCCUCAGUGCGGAUGAGAAGGAGUACCAUGCAGAAGGAGGGAAGGUGCCAAUCAAGUGGAUGGCCCUGGAGUCAAUUCUGCAUCAGACGUACACCCAUAAGAGUGAUGUGUGGAGCUAUGGUGUUACCGUUUGGGAACUGAUGACUUUCGGGACCAAGCCCUACGAUGGCAUCCCGGCCAGUGAGAUUGCCGGGGUUCUGGAGAAGGGGGAGCGUCUGCCGCAGCCGCCCAUCUGCACCAUCGACGUCUACAUGAUCAUGGUCAAGUGCUGGAUGAUUGAUGCGGGCAGUAGGCCGUGCUUCCGAGAGCUCAUCGUGGAGUUCUCAAAGAUGGCCCGGGAUCCUUCUCGUUACCUGGUCAUUCAGGAUGAGGAGCGCAUGCGUCUCCCCAGCCCAAACGACUACCGCACACUGAUCAGUGUGGAGGAUAUGGAAGAUGUGGUGGAUGCAGAUGAGUACCAUGGCUUCUUUAACACUUUUAGCCCCUCCCACACCCAGUUCUUCAAUUCCACGAGUGGCAGCAUGGGACCCUGCCACAACAGGAAUGGGAACGGAUGCCCAAUUAGAGAGAGCAGUUUAAUCCUGCGCUACAUCACAGAUCCCACGGAUAAGUCAUUGGAGAGAGACUUACAACCCAUUCCAGAGUAUGAGAACCAAAAUUGGGUAACUCCAUCGGAUAUGAUGAACCCAAUCUAUCAGGAACCUGGUCCCCCCCACAAGCACUUCUCUUCCCCCAGUGGGCUGGACGACGCUGAGGCAGAAAACUCUUUCAGCGAUGUUGCAUUGGGGCCCAAGUGCCUCAGUACAGCCCAGCGACCACGGCCUUAUGGUCAAGACCACGGCCCGCAGACCAGCCUAGACAACCCCGACUACCAGGAAGACUUCUUCCCUGUCAGCAAGUCCUGCUCCAAUGGCCACUUCCUCCCAACUGCUGAGAAUGCAGAAUACCUGGGCCUGACCGCCAUGCAGUCUGAGGUCCAUUAACGUCUGUCCUUGUCAGGACAGAGAAGAGAUGCUCGCCAGAACACUUACGGACAUCGUCUCAGCGUUUGUCGACGUUUGAGGCUUUUAAAUGUCCCACCGCUGGAGAGGACAGUUUGAGGAGAGGCGACUUUCACGGCUUUGACUUGUGUUAGCCCUUGCUUGUCAAAGCGAGGACAGCAACACAAGACCUGUGCCAAAAAUUAUCUGUGGCCUAUGUUUUAAGAUCCUCUUAUAAAAAAAAAAAGAUUCUGAUGGUCUCUAAAUCUUUGGAACUUGCUUUGGCUUCCUCAUUUCACUAUUAGUAACAGGCACUGAUUCUUCAAGAGAUGCUGGCUCGAAAGAACACAUUAUCAUUGCAACUGAAAAUGUAAGCUCCAACAGUCGGUUCUAAAGAUUGUGAAUUCAGCACUAUUUUUGCUGACCCACACUUAUGUUUUAGUCUGUUGUUUUGUUGCUGUCUGAAAAUACAAAUGGAGAGGAACAAGUGCCUGAUCUCUUGUGACAGAACAUGACCAGAGAAGACGAUUGAGAGGAGAGGUACACGAAAAUCCAGAUCUGAGAAGCUUGCAGUGAAAGAAAGUAAAUUCAAAGAAGCUGUAAUGUACAGUAUAUGGCCAAAGUAUCUGGACACCCCUUCAUCUGGGGCUGUUUUUCAUUAUUUGGGCUAAGCCCCUUAGUUCCAGUGACGGAAUUCCUUCCCAGAAGAGUGGAGGUUGUUUUAGCAGCAAAGGGUGGACCAACUCCAUAUUAAUGCCCAUAAUUUUGGAUGAGAUGUUGGAUGUCAGGUGUCCACGUACUUUUGGCCAUGUAGUGGUUGGCCGUGCGUUUUUUGUCUUGCUGGGACAACCUGUGUACGUAUUCCAAACUGAAAGCUUUCUUGAUAGGCAGGACAGGUAUAUAAAACCGAGUAUGCCUUAAGCUGAAGGUUUACCAUUUAAUGGUAUUGAACAGCACACAGUAAAAUGUCAAGUGUUAAUUAAACUCAGAGUUUAUGAGUCCACACUGGUCUUAGUGGACUCGUAGAAACUCUGAAUGAGUUUGGUUUAACACUGAACAUUUUAUUGUGUACACAAUGCCAAUACCAAUGUUUCAAAACUUGUACAGGGUCAUCUUUUUUAGUAUUUGAGUAUGUAUUUGGCACAUAAUUUUUUUGCGCAUUUGGUAUCCCAGGAUAUAUGAGAUCCAACCGUGGAAUUAGUAUAGUAUUAAUUUCUUACGGCCCAUGAGCUACAAUAGCACACUGCAGUAUGAGGUAAGUGAACCAUUUAAGCCAGGGUAUUUUGUUUGAACAAACUUUUGAGCAAUUUAACUUGACACCCCUGGUCUGAGAUGUGAAAAAAAAAUUAUUUCUCUGGGAAGUUUAUAUUUUUUUUUCAUCAGAUGGCUGUAGUUAAACACUAUUUGUACAUUGAUAUUGUAAUAUCGUAGGUGUUCUUACCACUGUUUUAACCCUUAUCCCUGACUUACUCUCCGGUACUACUCUCUGUUACCUCUCUGCUCUACUUGCCACACAGGUUGCAUUAAUAUGACCAUUCCUUCAUAUUGACCAAAAUAUUAUUUCUAUGCCUGCCAAAUAUAUUUUAAUAAAUAUUAACAUACGGUGUAUUACCAAAAUUAACAGGAACAUACUAUUGAAAAGAAUCAUGUGAGACAAGGUGGGUGUCAGGAUGUUCCUAAGGUCACCUCAGGUUAAAAAGCAUUGAAGCUCAACAACUCUGUACAUACCUAUUCUAGUUAAAUUCUAGUUAAAAGGGCUUUUCAAAAAUAAGCUUGGCAUUCCUACCGUAUUUCAUGAGGAUUUCAUGUGUGUGUUUUGCUUUGUUGUUGUAUUUUUCACAAAGCAUGGCUAUUAUAGUUGAUCUAUGACGAUGUGUUCGUGAUGAGGAUUUUGGCCUGGCUAGAUGCGAGUGUCUGUUUUGACCCUAGAAAUUUGUCCUGUGGAGACCCAUUGUCUCUGUGCUACACAUGUAUCACAUUCGCUCAAUUAAUUUGUUAAAUUGUUAUUAAAUGACCUUUUGCCUCAAAGUAUAUCUACAGUGUCUGUCAUAUAGGCAGACAACACCUUCUCAGACACUGCAUAAUGCCAUUAAUUUCUUCACGGAUAUUUGAUACUACAUAAUGGCCUCUAUAGAUCACACAAUUUUGGAACAUCUUGUUCUAUCACGGUUUUUGUCAGCUGUUGUAAGCUGUAUAUUGUCCUCAGACUUGAAAAUUCAAUGCAGGAGAUAUGAAUCUCUGGUCUUAAUCUCAAGAACCGCAUAUUCUACUAUUCUGAACCUUACACUACAAGGGACAUUCAAUAAAGAUAAAAUAAAUAAUAUUUUUCAAAAUA